GGGGGAUGAGAGAGUGGGUGGAGGUUGAAUAUGGAUUGUAUGUAUGUACAAAUGUAUGCCUUGGUGCGGCAUUGUGCAUUGAUGGAAGGGGGGGUGAGAGUGGUGGUGGUGGGGGGAUGACGGCUCUGCUGCGCUCCCUCCCACCUCAACCCCCCACAUCUCGAUCUCUCCUCCCCCCUCCUCCUCCUCCCACCCUUUUCCAUUCCAUGACCUGUCUGCGCCGUCCAAUCAUAGCAGAGUUCUAGGAAAUUAAUUGAUGAAGGUAUAUAGCAGUGGAGAGAGAGAGAGGAAAGAGACCGGGUAUUUUCGUCUGGUCGUCCGCAGUGAGACAGCUUCCCCCUCUGUCUCCCCUGUCCGGUAAUGAUGACGGUGGUGGUCGUGAUGGUGGUCGUGAUGAUGAUGAUGAUGGAGACGCUGUGUUCGCCCUCUUACGCAUUCACCGGCGCCCUGUAUCAGCCGUCCACAGACGCGGAAUGAGUGACCCACUUCACUGCUCGAUCCACCGUAGCUACUACUACGACGACGACUGCUGUUGCUGCUGCUGCUACAAGGCACCCGACGCGGGCCAGCGAUGUCGUGCGCCCGCGAGCGAGACGCCGCCCCCGCGUCGGGCUUCGCCCGCGUGAACGGCGCGACCCUCGGCUACCUGCUGGUCGACGGCCGCCAGAUGUUCGCCCUCGCCCAGGUGUUCACCGACCUCCUGCGCCACGUGCCUCGCACCACGGUGCACAAGCGCAUGGACCGCCUGCGCGUGGCCAAGCACCGCUGCGGCCUCGCAGGGCUGCGUCGCCUCAAGGCCAUCCGCUCGGUCGCCUUGCGCGCCGCGAGGUGCACGCUCAUCUCGCGCGCGGACGUGCGGCUGCUGUGCCGCUCGUGUCGCGCGGAGCGCGUCCUCGGCGCGGCGAAGCGCCGACGCCUGCUCCUCGUAGCCGCCUCAACCACCUCCUCCUCCACCUCCUCCACCGCAAGGGAAGACGUCGCCUCCAGCGGCUCCAACAACAACAACGCCAGCGACUCCGACAACAACGCGUCCAUCAUUGGGAACGAAGUGCGGUCGGCGCUCGGACGAGGUGGGAGCGCGUGGCGAGCGGCGGCGGCGGCGGGAGGAGGAGGAUCGGCGGGAGGAGGAGAGGACGCGGGGCCGGUGGCUCCGACGAGAGCGCGCCCCGUCGUGCCCGGACCCGGCUCCACUCCUCCUGCCGGGAGCUCCGCCGAUUCUCCCCCGAGGCCGCCUCGUCGCGCCGCUCCUGGCGAGUCGCCCUCUCGGCCGAGCGCCGCGGCUGAGAGGAGUCCCCAGCGGCGGAGGCAGCGGCCGGGAGGGAAGGAGGCCGAGAGGUUGGGCCGCGUGGAUAGAGAUGGAGGAGGGGGAGGCGGUGGCGGUGGUGGAGACGUCAAAUGCGCGGCUCCGGCCCACCGCGGCCUCUGGCUGUCGAGCUGCCAUGAAGACGCAGCCCCAUCAGCAGCCCCAUCAGCAGCCCCUGUAGCAGCAGCAGCAGCCGCACCAGCAGCAGCAGCUGCGGCUGUAGGUGGACGAGGGUGGCCGGGCCGGGUGACUGGGAGCGAGCCCGCAGGGAGAGAGGCGGGCGAGGAGGCGCGAGAAGCAAAGCGCGGCGGCCUUGACAGCAGCGGCAGCAGCGGCAGCAGCCUCUCGUCUGGAGUCUCCGAGGAGGACGAUGAUGAUGAUGGAGAGGAGGAGGAUGAGGUUAAAAAGAGUGUGCAGCAAGGCUUCGACUACUGCGACUCGAGCGAGGAGGAAGAUGACGAUGAGGAUGAUGAGGAUGAUGAUGAGAGCUCGUGUAGCGACGACUCGAGCUCGGCCUCGAGCCGCACGUCCCUGCACAGCAUCCGCUACCGGCGGGCGGGGUUCGGUAGCAGCAGCAGCAGCGAUGGCGCAGGAGGAGUGAGAGUCGGCUUCGGCUGCCUGCCUCCUCCUCCUCUUCAUCCUCCUCCUCCUCUUCAUCCUCACCAACAUCCUCCUCUUCAUCCUCACCAACAGCGGCGUUCGCCAGCGCCGCCUUCAGCAGCCGCGUGCGCACGGAGCGGCACGCGGCAGGAGGAGGAGGAGCGGCGCGGAGUCGCGCAGCCUCUCCGCCUCGCCAUGAUCCUCGGCUCAGCGAGGCAGGAGGAGGUGGAUCGGCGGGCUGGGGUCGAACGUCCGAACCCGGUCGGUCCCUUCGCGGAGCGGUCGGGGUUCGUGUGUGGGAGACGGUGGCGGUGGGAAAAGCAGCGGAGGCUGCGGCGGCAGCAGCAGCAGCAGUAG